AUGGUGGAAGUGAAAAGGUUCCUUUCUAGCGUUUCGCUAAGGAUGCUAAUUUUUUUUUUUUAUUAUUUCUUUUUGUUCUUUGUCCUCACCCCGGACACUACUACAGAAAGGAUUCAACAAGUUUGUGGAAGCCCUGGUUAUAGUCUUAACACCGGUUUUUGCGUGGCAGAUAGUUCAACCAGGUGGUGUGCAAGUUGCGCUCUGCAUUUUUCACCAGGUAGAAAAAUAUUAAGCGCUUCAAAUUUUUUCCACCAUAAUGAAUUUAUUAAAAGGGAAAUUUGCCACUUUGUAGAGAACCUUACGUAUGAUCAAUGGUGCAGCCAACCCAAUCUGACGCAGCAAUACACACGGACCGACGUGACACGUGUAGGAGCAAAUCUUCUGCAAAAUAAAUUAAAGGAAAAUCUGCUCUUGCGCACCGCGAGUGGGAAAAUUUUGCAGGGAUGCGCUGGAACAGCCACGCGGAGCCUACUCAUCGAAGGAAGAGGGGUCGCCAGGAUUGCACCUACGAAGGAGCAAAGCCAAGGGCAUGAAGAAAAAAGUGAAGAUAAAAAUUAUAAUAGUACUGGUAAUAGUAGCAGUAGUAGUCAUGUUGUAACGGCGAGGUGGUUCUUAUCCCCGCUCAGAGCUAAGGAAAGGACCCCUUUAAUUACAUUCGGUGAGAGAAACAGACAAAUACUACCAGGAGCAUCACUCUUAAGCAGGCCAUCCUCAAUUUCUCGAAGAGAACCGUAUGUGCAGUCCGAGUCCGAAUUCACAUCAAAAAAACAAACACGACGUUGUCUUGCACAGUUUAUCAACUUAGACACAAGUCUCAAAGGCGAGAAAAAGGCAGAUGCAGUUGAAGGCAAAUACCAAGGAGGAACAAAAAAUGAUUACGUAGUGAGUAAGAAGAAGGAGGAAGCUAGCAGUAAUAUAUACAGGCAGGAAUACAAUGAGGGAUCCGACAACGAUAUAAAAUAUGGGCCAAGUAAGGACAUAACCACAUCGUUAAAAUCGCUCUUUUUAAACAGAAAAAAGAAUAAAGGAGAAAUAAAUAAAACAAACAACCUUUCAAAAAAUAUAGAGCACACAGCAGAAUUUAUUGAAAAACAGAACCCUAUUGAUAAGGCACUCGUUCCUCAUAUUCUGGCUGACCAAGUGUUUAUAAUAACGAAAAACAAUAUCACAUCGAUCGAUAUUGAAGGGAAUAGAUUAGACAAAUUUAAGUACGAAAAUAUUUUGAUAUAUGAUUCUUUUGAAAAUUGUAAAGGGAAUAUCGUUGAGAAGGUCACGGUAAAAGAAAUUUCGUCAUUUCACAUAUUAACAGAAACAUUUGUGAUGAACAAAUUAGGCAUGUUUUCCAUUUGCAUUGAAAUGGAACAUCCACAAUAUGUAGCAUUGUUAAAGGUUCAAAACAACUUAAUUAAGCAGAUCACACCAUUAAGUGACGUAAGCACAAUAUCUGUUUUUAACUGCGCCGUGGGGACAUCAUCUAUAUUCAUGCCUGAAGGCAGAAGAAUGGGAUUUGUAGAAAAAGUUGGGGAAAAUUUAUUACGAGGAAGCUAUUCCUAUAGUAUAUUGGCUAGAGCUUUAUGGAAAGAAAUAAAAAUGGUGGCUUGCGCUUCCACCAAAAAUUAUGUUGUCUUUUUGGACAUGAAUUAUAUAAUCGUUAUCAAUGCAAACCACUACUCUAUACAAGAAGUUAUUACGCAUUUUUUGACCAAACCGGUUGGUAUAUUUCUAGACAACUACAUUAUUUAUGUCACAGACGCGGACAGGAAGAAUGUGUUUAGAUAUAGUUCGGAGUAUAUACUGCAGGAUACCGCCCGUACGUUGGUUUUUCUGGACGGGAGUGGUAAAGUGGAGCAAGCGCAAGGGGAAAAAGGGGUGGAAACCCCAUCAUCACCCUAUCACACUGUGGGAAAAACAAACGGUCGGCAUACAUAUGCAAGAAGGAAAAAAAGGCACUAUCUCUCCCCCCUUGGCAGGAUCUUCCUGCAAGAAAAUGAAAACGAACAAAUAGACUAUAUAAUGAAUGGAGAAAACUACCUAAUAACCCACUUGCGAGAUUUGUACAAUAUACGGCGAUACAAAAGAAACAAGGCAAAACUGAAGGGGCUGUUGUCUAACAGUGUGACAUUGGUUUACCCAGCAGGAAUUGUUGUGGAUAGGGAGAAGGUAUACUUUGUAGAUACGGCACUACAUACGCUAUUCUGCUUCUCCUUAAAGGAAGAUAAAAUUGUCGAGACGUUUGGUUAUCUAAACACUCCAGUCAUGAGCGACAAGGGAUUGAACAAACCUUUUUCCUUAUCCCUAUAUCAUGUGACUGCAUGGAAAAGGAGCCUCCUAUUUUUGAGCGAAUUGUCCAGUUCUAUAAUCCUCAUAUUUGAAAUAAAAAAAUAUAUCAAAUUGUACCUAACGUAUGGUAACCUCCCCUUUGAUAUCGCCACCUCAAUUGUCGUGACGCCACAAUUUUUAAUCGUCUGUGGAUUAAAAAGGAGUAAAGAAAAUUUUGUGAACUAUGUCACAUACAUAAAAAUUGAAGAACUGUGCGAGUUCGAAAUUGAGUACAACGAACUCUCACACACCCUGCAUUAUGGACAAAUGGUAAAUAUGACGCCUUUGAAAAAAAGCAGCAAUAUAAAAAAGUUUACCCUUAGACAGUACGAAAAUAAAAGCAAUGAAAAUAUCGACACAGGAUUGUAUAUAAACAAACACAGUGGAAUAAUAAGUGGGAAGGUAAAGAUCUCUGCAUGGUUCCAUAUGGAAAUAGAGGUUUACGAUUACUUCAAGAAAAUCACCUUAGGUUUUCAAAAUUUUAUCUCUUCAUGUCCAAAGGGAUUCUUUUUUCAGUCCAAAAAAUGUGUCCCUUGUCCCAUAGGACACUACACUUCAUCUGUGCAUAGACUACAAUGCAUAAGUUGUGAGACCUACAAAAAAAAUUCAACCACCUCUUACGUUGGAUCCAUUUCCAGAAAUGAGUGUUUAUGUAAAGCUGGGUACUACUUCAACGACAAAAACAAAAAAUCGUGCGUAAAAUGCCCAGCAGGAUAUUAUAAAGAUCAAAUUGGAGAUUUCAAAUGUCAAUCUACAUGUGAAAAUAUGAAAAGAAGUAUUGUUCAAGGAGCAGCAAGUUAUGAAGAAUUAAACUGUGUGUGCAAAGAUGGGUACUAUACAGAUGCUCAAUCCAAAUGUGUUCCAUGCUAUUUAAACUCCUAUUGCAUUUAUAACCCAAAUGUUCCUAUUUACAAAGCGGAUAUUAUUCCUUGUAAAGAAUACAUGGUAACUUUAAAAAGGGGAUCUGCUUCCCCUAAAGAAUGUAUAUGCUCCGUGGGCUAUUACUACGAUAAUGAAGCAGACACGUGCAAGCCUUGUUCUUAUGACACGUAUAAAGCAAACCAAGGCAAUGAAUUGUGCACACCCUUUGUAACUAAUCCAGGAUCCACACAAGAAUUUCUGCCCAAUGAAAAUUACUUGGAACAUUCGAAUGUGUUUUUAAAAGAAACAUCAAAUGUUAUUAUUUCCCCAAGGAAAGGUAACUCCUCUUUCCAUAAUGCCAAAUUUUGUGAAACAGGAUAUUUCUACAGCACCAAUAAGUCCAUUUGUUCAAUUUGUAGAUACAACGGAUAUUGCAAAGGCCUGCAAAAUGCAGUUAGUGUGUGUCCAAAAAAUUCAGUCACCGUCAAGUUGAAGAGUGUUACGGCUUUAGACUGUUUAUGCGAAAGGGGAUAUGGCAGAAUAAUCAUUCACAAACACAAAUCAUUCAACAUAUUAUGUGUCCCAUGUCCGUACAAUACAUUCCAACCUCAUCACUCUUCUGGUGAAUGCAUUCCUUGUCCUGCUAACACCUUUACCAUUUCUGCAAAGUCCACUUCCAUCACGGACUGCUUGCCGCAAAAUGGCUACUACAACAUGUACUUUCAGUACAUAUACGAGCAUGCAAGGGAACGACUCGUGCAAAAUGUGCCUCUCUUUUUGCAUCAAUACCGUCGCUACCUGAGCGAUCAGUACAGGAAUGGUAGGGAUGCACAUCAACGGACAAGGAAGCCAAGAGCGAAUUGCAAUAGGGAACAUAUGCGUGGAAUAAUUCAUGAGGACAGUCCUCUAUCACUACAUCAUCUCACUCCCAACUUAAUGGAGGGGGAAAAUACCCAUAGGAAUCACAACGAAAAUCAACACAAUGCCCAGUGGAAAUGGCGCGAUAAAUAUGAUGCCACAAGUGGGUACGAAAAAGACCUCCCUAAAGUUAGGAUGCCCAAAAUAUGUAACAAUAUACGGAACUUGAAAGGAACGUACAGCAACGCGUUUUACACAAAUUACCUCAAAAAUGUGAUUCUCAUGGAUAGUUCAAACAUGGCCCGUUUUAUUCAGCAAGAGGGAUCCAUAUUUUCGCUAGCUGACACACCAAUAGGGAAAAACAACCAUGGGGGAAUUCCUAAGGAUCAGCGUGAACCGCCUCAGGGUAGAGCUGUCCCCCCUCGUCAGGAAGAUACCAAAGUGGCACCUUCAAAAAGAGAAAGUGUACUAAUGUAUGAUGGAAAAGAACACCCGCCUGGAGUACCCAGCGCAGAAGAAGCGGCGUCAGGGACACCAAGUGAUAGCAAUUCAGAUUUACAGGGAACACUUCUAUUAUCAGAAGAGAUGAAAAAGGUUGUACGCAAAUUCAACUUCAUAGCCCAGAAAAAAAAAGACCUACUGAUGGAGAUAAAGUCGAGGGAAGAGACCUACAUAGAGAAUAAGCGAAAGGACAUAUCGUACGAAUGCUACGAAAUGGACAGAGCAAUAAUUAUACAAAAAAAUGUGUACGUAUCUACCAUCCCCGAAAUUGAUCUCAUAAGUUGUCUUAACACAUGUAUCUCAAACAUAUACUGCACAGGGAUAGAAAUGGAUAGAACAAUUGACCAUGGAAAGACGGACUUAUUUUUCUUCCUAAACAGAAGUCAUGGGACAAAAGUGCUCCAUUUUUUCAAAUGCUAUUUAUAUUUUUACGAGGAAAUUGAAUCAUAUUAUAAAAAGGAAAAUUUGAAAAAAAUUGAAGAUAUACAACAUUAUGAUGAUACGGAUAGGAUAACCGGCUGCAUUGUUCAAAAGAAUGAAAUGCUAAAAUUGUGGAAGGUGUACAAUUUUAAUAUAUGUCCAAAUAACUAUUAUUGUCCUCCAAAAUCAUUUAGGAAGAAAAAGUGUCCCUUAAAUUCAGUUAAAAAAAACUUCGAAGGAACUAUCAACGAUUGUUUAUGUUCCCCGGGGUACUCCUUGAAGAAAAAUUUAAACCUGUGUGUACCAUGUGAGAAGGGAACAUACAAAGAUUCUACAUCGAAUGGCAAAUGCAUCAAGUGUCCUCUAAACUUAACUACCUCUUCGGAAUCUUCUAAUUCCAAGUACGACUGCGUUUGCAGAGAAGGCUACUAUUUUCACGGGCGCUUCGGUAUGAAAUUGAUGGACUUAAAAAUGGAGCAAGUCAUGAUUGAAAAUAUUAACAAAGUGAAAAACAAUAAAACUUUAUCUCUACCAAGUGGGCAAAACAAAGUGGAGGAUCUUUUUUUUCAAGUAAAAUCAACUGGAAGAAGGCAAAAAUUUGCCAAAAUGGUGCAAGCAGUUUUAGGGGAAAGUCAGCAGAGGAGGACAGGAAAAAGGGAACCUCAAAGGGGUGAAAAUACAAGUGUGAUUAAGAAGAACGAAGUGGUGUCAACAGUCAAGGAGAGAAGCUUCACCCAAACGGGAGAUACACCGGUACACGUUUCACAUACACCGCAUGCAGUGCAAAAACAUUACAAUGCACUCUCCAAUUUAGAUUAUCUUUCCAAUAAAUUUUAUAACAACAUAGACGGUUUUACCUACGGAACGUGCAUUAAAUGUCCAGAUAAAAUGUUUUGUCCAGGCUUUUGGUUUAAAAAUUUCGAAAGGGAACUUCAUCAUCCCCCCAUAUUUUGCCCCAAGGGAUCAACCGUACCUAAGACAACCUUAGAAUCAACGGACGUGCACAAGUGCAUAUGCGGGAAAGGGUACAGCAUAAAUGUGAAAAAUACGCACAACAGCAGAGGAAGCAGCGAUGGAACAAGCGGAAGUAGCAGCGAAAUGUGCGUAAAGUGUGAAGAGAGGUACUACAAAGACGUUGUGGAUAAUUCACCGUGCGCUGGGUUAUGUAUGGAAUUUUCCACCUCCUUCCAAGGAUCUAUCAGCAAAAAACAAUGCUUUUGUUCUAGGGGCAAAUAUAUGAUACAUGAGUCGUCGCACGAAAUGAAAUGCGUAAAUUGUUCCAAGGGGGCUUUAUGCAUUGGUGGCUUGAAGUACAAGUCGCUAAAGAAUUUAAUUCAAGACUCAAGCUACACCGACAUCGAGAUUAACGACCAUGUUAUUCCAUUUCCCAAGAAGGGGUACUUUGCCACCUUUGAAAUAAAACAUGAAGAUUUCGUGUGGUCCCCACUGAACUCCCUAAAUCUACACAUAAAUAAUUACGAAAAAGGUGAUAUCAUAAUUAAAAACAAAAUCGCCAAACAGCUAUUUGGACUAAGGAUAAACCAUCUUACUGUAGAGAGGAAUGACCAGAAUAAUCAUCCAAAGAACCACAAAAUGGAGGUCAAACCAGGAAAAGAAAUACGACUCGGUUACCCGUCCAGUAAAGAAAAUAUUUCACUAGUCGAAGUAGGCAUAACGAACAUCCUAGUUAAUGAAAAAUUGGAAAAGCUAAAAUACAAAAAUGCGUAUUUAACUGUGGAGAGAAUUCCAGAUUUUCAUUUGUGUCCAAUUAGUACAAGAUGUGUAGGGGGGGUGGACAAUUUAUGUGCCCAUGGAUCGGAAGGAUACUUAUGCAACAACUGUUCAAAGAACUAUGACACGAUUUAUUUCAGAUCCCAAUGCUUUAAAUGCAAAAAGACAAAAACGGAAUUGAUGGAUCUGUUGGCUAGGAAAAUAUUGUUCUAUAUGAUAAUAUUCUUUUUAAUAUAUUUAAAUUACUUCUGCUAUGUAAAAAGGAACUUUGUAUUUAUGGGUAUAUUAAAAAUAUGGUAUUUUUUCAUCAUUUGUUUUUUGCCCUAUAUCCACAUAGUAGAGUCCAAUCAUAACUCGCUGCCAAACCAUUUGUUCUACUUCCAGUUCUUUAUCACUCUCCCUAUGAGAUUUCUGACUCAUUAUUUGAAGCUGAAUUGCUUUGUGAACUCGUAUAGCAACCAGCAGUAUGUACACAUAUGGUACAUCCAGAGGUACCUCAAGAUCGCGGAGCCCAUGAUUGACUGCGCCGUAUUGACUGGCGUAUUUUUAACUAUCUACUUGGUGUACACUCAGCUGAAGCGGAAGAAAAUUAGUACCGUAGAGAGGGUCAUUGCUAAGCAGAUUAACAAAGUAUACUCCAAGGGGUAUUACCAGCACCGCUCCGACUUUUACUACCAGUACUACCAAAAACAUGUUAUUGACACCAUUAAUAAUAAAAAGGGAAAGGAAGAUUUGUGGUUGAAGAAGUGGGAAAAUGCUUCCUUUGAGCAUGAAUAUUCGUCCGGUGAGGAAGAGCCAAAGGGGCGGGAACAGACCAAAACAGAUAACGCGGCUCGACGGAAUAGCAGAACAUUGGGUGGUAGGAGCGCCGACUUAUCCACCUCCGAAGACUCGCUGCGCGGCAGGAAAACGAUGAAGGAGGAAGUAUGCUCUAGCAACGAAAAUAUGUACAAUUUUGAUGAAGAGUUCUUGCCUAAGGAUGCAUCAAAUUAUUAUGUGAAGGAAAACAUAGCAAAGGAUAAAUACUGGACGUACAUGUGCGCACUUAAUAUCUACAAUAUUAGAGCCUGUGGAUUAUUCCGUUACAUACACCCGUCUAGCAUCAGCACGUUCAAUAGAAUAAAACGAAUUCUCUCCGAUUUGAAAGUCCUCUACAUCAUCGUCUUGUAUAUAUAUUUCCCAUUUACUCUUAUUAGCCUGUUAGAGCUGGUGUGGUGCCAACCAGUAAAAUACAAGAAUAAGGUACCCAUCUUAAUUCUCUAUCACAUGCCUUCCCAAGUUUGCAACUGGAGGAAUAAAUUAUUUGCAACAGGAGUGAUAUUUUCUUCCGUCUUCUUCGUCAUAUAUUUACUUUUAUUUAUGUUUUCGUUGUAUGGCACCUUGAAGCAUUUUAAAAUAUUUGGCUCGUAUACAAAGCGAGUGCGAAGUUACUUCCUGUUCAAUGGUUACAACUACCAGAACCGGUGUUGGGACCUCAUCAAUGUGGUCAAGGUGAUGUUGGUGGCAGUUGCCUUCACUUGUCAAUUGUACACCAAGAGAAUUCAUAACGCUAAAUAUUUUAUAUGUUGCUGCAUCGUGUUUAUCCUCAUUACAGAAGUUACUCUCAUUUUAAUGUAUUCCCCUUACGACAAAAGGUCAAAUAACAUUUUACGCAACUUAAGUUUGUUGUCCACCUUUUCCAUAUUGAUAACAUAUCUAAGUGUCCAGUUCAGCUUUUUUUUUAAUUUUCCCAUGACGAACGCUUUGCCGUUCGUUUUAUUUGUCUACUUUCACCUUUACAUGGGUAACAAAAUUAUACUCGAAUUUGCCAUUUACAAGAAUAUUUUUAAGAGGAAGGAGCAGAAAGAGGAUCAACCAGACGUAGGGCGAGAGGCAGAGGGUUUGCUGAAUGAACAGUCCUUCUUCAAUUUUGCAAAAGAGGAGAAUAACCAGAAUGGUGUCGACACAGACCUCUAUACAAAUGAUAGGAACACAAGUAGAGCACACAACUCUUCCAACGAAAGGGGACAGAAGAGGAGGGAAAAAAAAACUUAUUCCUUUUUCUCCUUCCCUUACCCAUCUGUGUUGAAGAACUGCAACCUGUAUGACUUCCUCCUACGCGUCAAUAACAUCCCGUUUUAUUCCAUCCUCUUCAACGAAAAGGGCGAGGAAUUUUUCAUAUUUGAAAAGGGGUCCACCAAAUGUAAGUACGAAGAAAUAGUAAAAAAGGUAAAAAUGAACACCACGGAGAGGUCUCAAACGGAAGUAAUAAGCCUAGAUUUGCUACACUUAGAUUUACUUUACUACAACAUUAGAGACCCCUCCAGACAACCCCUGUCCAAUAUCAACUGUGUAAACCUCAACAAGCCGAGAACAAACUGGUCUAAACUUAUGGGUGAAAGAAAAUUAUCCAACAAGUAUGAAAAAUUUUUGAAUAGUGAAAAAGAGUACUCCAAGGAUAAGGACAACUACCUACAUGGUGACGUAGAUAGAGAAAAUUCAAGACAAGCCAUCCCUCCAAUUAAUAUAACUCAUUUUAUCAAUUGCCUAAUUGAAGCCAUCAACAUUUUGUUCGUUAAUCAGUCAUACAACCAAAUAAAUGUAGAAUGGAUCAGCUUCGUUACGAGAUUUUCUAUCUGCUUCAUACAUUGGAUGAAGAACCACGAUGAAAAUUUAGUAAACCUCGUCCCGAUCAAUAAGAAGCAAUUCGAAAUGAAAAAAAGAAAUCUCUUAUUCUAUUCCCUAUUUAGUUCCUACGCAGAAGUUUAUUCUUUGUACUCCAUCAUUGGAGACAAGAACAAAUUUGAGGAAUGCAAAAAGAAUUUUGUACAAGCGGAAAAUCUGAAACAAUUUUACAUCUACCUCAAUGAAGCAAGCAAGAAAAACCCUGCACAAGAACCCGUUUAUAGCCAAAGUGAUGAUGAAGAAAAAUCCGAUUGUUACACUCCUCUGAAUUUUCUAGAUGAUGAAUUUUACAGAUGUGAACAAGAUAUCAUUAAAUUACUUUUUGAUGAAAAUAUUUUUAAAAACUUGUCCAUUUCCAUUGUGGAAUUUUUCUUCUCAAUUUAUAUGAUUCAAUUUAUCGAAAGUAAGCGUCUCUCUGUUUUAAUUUUCCUCUUCUGCGAAAAGAAAAACUAUUUAAGCAGGGAAAAGCAAUUCCUAAAAAUAAUAGAAGCCAGAAAAAAGGAUAUACAACAUAUUAUGUACUCGAAGAGCAAGAAGCACAUGUACGAUUUCGUGGAAAACAACUAUCUGAAUGAGUACAAUCGGGAUUUAAAAAAGAAAAUCAAAAAAUUACAAAACGUAAUUAGAAAAAAGGAAAAGUCCUCUCUCAAACGAGAAAAGGUGAAAAGCGUCACAAGUGUGCAGGGAAAUAAGGCGAACAAAAUGAGCAACGCAAACGCGUACUUUGUCCAGACUUUGAAGAAGCUCCUCGACGAUUCUUCCGUCACCACGCGGCGGCAUACGGGGGAUGCAAAAGGAAAAAGGAACGAAAGGACGCCCCAGUAA